CCUCUACUGCCUUCGAUUGUCAUUCCUAUUCCUGGCCUCGUCUCGGAUAUCUGGGAAUCAAUCCUCAAGGCUGUGCCCAAGAAGAAGACGUCACACAUGAAGAAGCGCCACCGACAGAUGGCUGGCAAGGGUCUCAAGGAUGUCACUUCGCUCAACAAGUGCUCUGGCUGUGGAAGAGUCAAGCGCGCACAUUACCUGUGUCCUCACUGCGUCAUGAGUAUGUCGAUGCUCUCUGGACUGCUGCCUGGA